CAAGUUGGUUCUUUUUUGAUUUGUGAAAUACCUUUUAAAAGGAAACUGAAGAUGAUCAAGAUGAUGAUCACUGUUGUCUUCCUAUGUAUCGCAUCUGGUACUACUGCAUUUCCAGUCCAGACGAUGUGCGGACAUUUUGGAUGUAUUCCAGGUCAGAGAGAACAGGGAGUUCACAGCAACGAUAUCAGUAUUCAUCGCAAUAAAAUAGAUAGUACAUUUAAUGGUUUAAACGCUGGUGAUUUUGCAGCUGCUGUAAGGCAUUUCAAUGCUGCAUCUAAAGCAUCAACGGCCAUUGGUGCUGCAUCAGCUGGACCUUCUAUUAUAAGACAACAUGCAAAUACUGAAGCACUUGACUUACUUAGUAAUGGAAUUGAAAGUAGAUUUGUAGGAUUUGACCCAGAAAAGCUAACUGCAGCUCUUGAUGCUGCUGCAAGCUCUAGGACUCAAAAAGAUGGCCAAAGCUUGAGUAUGGAAAGUGAACUGGACUCUAAGCUAACAUUUAGUUGGGAAAACCCUACUUCUGUUAUUAACCCUGCCACUGCAACUGGCUUUAAUGCUAAAACUAUUACUAGCGCUACCCAGGAUAUAAGAGAACCAAGUGUUGCAGCAGAGGUUUCUCAACCAUUUGUUCCAAAUGGAGCAAGUAUCCAAUCAGCAAAUAUUCAACAUCAAGGCGGAAUAGUUGGGUUGAUAUCUAGCAGUACUAAUUAUAGAGGUGUUUCUACCAGUGAAUUAAAUGCUAACAUUGAUGAAACAGGAAGAUUUAUGCAUUUCCCAAAUCAUAACAGUGGGUCAUUAGCAGGAUUAUUCACAAAUGGUUACAAUCAAAAUAACCCUGUUGUAGACCAGAUAUUUUUUGCUGAUACUGAUGCUUCUCGACCGCUUUGGAUCACUGGUAGUAGUACUUAUGUAGGACCAUCUGGAAUUAUAGGUACUCAAAGUGUGCCUAGCAGAAAGAGUGUCAACUGGUGCCAUUGUCAUGCUUACAGGGAACUGCUGGUCCGAUUUAAACAAGGAACUGUUGGUCUGAUUAGCUGA